UCCAGUUGCAGUGUUGGUUCAGAGCUUAUUUCGCGAUGUUCAUCUUGGGCGCCAUUGUAACGAUCGGUCUCCUCCUACUGUGGAUCGUCCUGUACGAAUUCUAUCUCCGAUCGUUGCCAAGUUAUAAAGCAGCGGCCCACUUUCCCGGUUAUCGUAUCUAUCCGAUAGUGCAGAACGUUUUCGUUGCUCUGUUCAAAAGUCAAACCGGGAGCUUCACCGAGGCUCGCCGAUGGGCCAAGGAACACAAUGGCCAGAGCUAUCGGUUUCUGAUUAGGGGCGUUCUCAUUCUGCAGGCAAUUCGGUACAAGGAAGUCGAGAUGUUGUUGUCAAGUUCCAAACUAAUCCAGAAAAGUCCACUGUAUAAAGUGACCGUACCGUUCAUAGGGAAAGGUCUCCUCAACAGCAGUGGAGCAAAGUGGCAUCACAGGAGAAGAAUUUUGACUCCGACUUUUCAUUUCAACAUUCUUCAGAGUUUUCUGCAAACAUUUCACGAUGAGUGCGCUAAACUGAUAACGCACUUGCAUGUAGCCGCUGAUUGUGACGCCAUCACCGCGUUACAGCCCCUAUCGACAAAAGUGACACUAAAUACAAUCUGUGAAACUGCAAUGGGAGUUAAGUUGGAUACGGCCGAAAUGGCAGAUGAGUAUAAACACAACAUACGCGAGAUUGGAAAGAUGGUUCAACAUCGAAUAAUGAAUCCGUUACUGUUCGAAGAUUUCAUUUACAAAGUAUUGGGAUAUCAAACUAAAUUUGAAAGAAUUCUAGAACCAAUACACGAAUUCACCAGAAAUAUUAUCAAACAACGCCGAGACUUAUUCCAUGAAAACGCUGAAGAUAUGAAAACUGAUCCAGACGAAAAUAUGUAUAUGAAUUUAAAACAGAGAUACGCUAUGUUGGACACUCUACUUUCGGCGGAAGCUAAGAAUCAAAUUGAUGCUAAAGGGAUUCAAGAAGAGGUUGACACCUUCACCUUCGAGGGACACGAUACUACAGCUAGCGCUUUCGUGUUUACUUUUCUUUUGAUAGCCAAUCACCCAAAUAUUCAGGAACGAUUGGUUGAGGAAUUGAAACAAGUGAUAAACAGCCGCCCGGAACCAAAUACCCCGUUGACGCUUCAAAACUACAACGAUCUUAAAUAUAUGGAGCGUGUGAUCAAGGAAUCGCUUCGAAUUUAUCCACCCGUUCCAUUUAUUUCCAGACUGAUUACUGAAGACGUUCGCUACGAUGGGAAAACAGUUCCGAAGGGUUCCAUAAUGAAUAUCGAGAUUUACGAUCUCCACCGGGACCGGGAACAAUUUCCUGACCCCGAACGAUUCGAUCCCGAUCGCUUUCUACCGGAACAGUCGGCAAAAAGGAAUCCUUAUGCAUAUGCUCCGUUCAGUGCCGGACCGAGAAACUGUAUCGGUCAACGCUACGCAGUGCUCGAGUUAAAAGCAAUUUUGGUUUCUGUUCUACGGGAGUUUCGCGUUCUUCCAGUAACCAAGCGAGAGGACGUUGUUUUCAUUGCAGACAUGGUUCUCCGUUCCAGAGAUCCGAUUCAAGUAAAGUUUGAACGCCGGAUCUAAUGUACAAAACGUUACUUGGAGACGAGACAUAGCGUUAAAAUGCGCACGAGUAGUUCUCAGCUCUUCUAUUAUUUUAAAUUUUUUUUUGUUUAAUCUAUUUACUGUAAACUCUAUAUAUUGUUGUAGUACUAUCAUAAUGUGAGGUUGAUUUGUAUACACUAUUGAAUUAAUUGAAGAGUACAUAAAUUUUAGAAUAU